AUGGUUGCUUUAAGAUAUUUGAUCACGGGUGUGUUAUUCACUGCCGUCUCUGCUAGGUAUAGUAAUGAUACUUCGGUUGUAUCAUCAUCCAUUGCAUCAACAAUUUCAUCGUCGUCUUCACUGUGGUCGGAAUCUUCUUCAUUAUCACAGGUUUCGUCUAGUGACAUACCAGUUUUGCCAUCUUCCUCAAGUAUUGACUACUCUUCGGUAACAGAUAACUCUACCACUUCUGAUGUGAGCCCUGUGACUUCUUCAGAAAUCCCAUCGCACACUACGUCUUCAAACAGCUCUUCGGUAACUUUUACUUCCACAUCUACUUCGGACAUAUCAAUUAGUACUCCAUCAGCGGCUAUCGAAACCGUUCAAGUGUUUGAUACGCUGAGUCAGUCUCAAAUAUCAAGCAAUCCAAACAAUUGGUUUGUCAUUAACGUUGACAUUUCUGUCACAGCAGGCUUCACUGGUGACUUGUUUUUAACUGUUCCAGAUCAAUUCAGCAACUUCCCAGAAGGUAUUUACGAAGUCCUGGCAGAUGAAGACGUUAUCGGUUCCGUUUCUCAUAAUUCUUCUGGUGUAUUCAAGGUUAGCUUUGAAGAUGUUGCUGAAGAUUACUAUGGAUCUUUCAACUUCUUGACCAAACUGGCAGAUAAGCCAAGCGAACCAACCACUGUUGAUUACAGUUUCGAAGUUUACUCUGGUCCAACUUUUUCAAGUACUUUGACUUUUGAGACAAAGAGUUACACAGUAUCCACCGUUGACACUGGUAUUGAUGAAUUUGGUCGUCCAUACUUUGCCGUAGACAUACCAUACAAUGAAUAUUCAGGGGAAUUGGAGUUCACUUCCGUAGCUGAAAGUGACUACGAGUUCGUUGCCUCUUAUUUCCAAAUUGUUACUGCUGUUGACUCUUUCAAAAACCCAACCGCUGCUUCUAAUGUGACUGCUGCUAAGAGCAAUUCAGAUGAAUCCACUAUUUCCUACUCCUUCAGCUCUAGCGUAUCUGGUGGCCAAGCGUUGCGUAUUAUUUACUUUUUAUCCGCUGACGCUGGUACUACUACUUUGAAGAAUGUUGCUCAAUUGACUUAUCCAAAUUUGAGCGUGUACAAGAGAGAUAUAUCGAUUAUUUUUGAGACUACUGCUUACUUGGAGCCAGUUUCCAACAUUGAAUUGAGUGGCAUCAACUCAAUUACUGUUUUGACCAGCAAUGUAGACAACAAUAACUCCACUUCCACUUCCACUUCCACUUCUAUCCCAACUUCUACUAUCACUUCAACUAACAUUACAUCCUCUAUGCCAACCGUGACUUCUGUUUCCACAUACAGUAACGAAUCACUCACAUAUACUGUUAUUACGAGGACACAAGAUGGUGAAGUCACUGAAAUUACUCAAUUGGUUCCUGUGUCAACCCUAUCAUCCUCUUCUACAUCAUCCGCUUCAUUUGAAAACACUACUUCGACUGCAAGGACAUCCUCUGCCAGCAGUGACAAUUCUCAUUCUAAAUCUUUGACCUCUUCCUCUGCCUCAAGCGAAGAGACUUCUGCGACACUCAGUAAAGACUCUGAUUCCAAAUUCGAGACUUCUUCUACUUCAACUGAAGAACCCACUUCGUCCAGAAGUAAAGAUUCUCAAUCUACAUCUUUGACUUCUUCUUUCGCUCCAGUUGAAGAAACCUCCUCAAGCAAAAGUAGAGAAACCAGUUCCAAAUUAACUUCGAACUCUUCUGAAGAUGUUCCAUCGUCAUACGCUACUGUUGUUACUGAAACGGUCCAUGGCAGAACUUCGACAUAUACAUCAUGGGUUUCCAGUUGUACAGCAUGCCAAAAAACUGAUACACUAGAAACUACCUCCCAUACUGAAACCGCGAUCCGUACUAAUACUCCAUCUACUGAAAUAACCAAUUUCCAAACCUUUACGAGCUUGGAAAGUAGAACUUUAAGCGGUGAAGAGACAGAAAUUGGUUCGUUUGUGCCAGUUACAACUUUAGCGACAGAUGUCGGAGAUGCUGCAGAGAAAACUCAAACCUCUUUAAGAACAUCCACCAGAGGUGAAGAGGUUUCAACCCUUCUACAAUUCUUGGGUGCUUCUACAUCAUCUGCUGAACAAACACAAGCCGUAGUAUCGCAAUAUUCCGGCUUUGCUAACCGUGUCGAAUACGGCUUCGGAAGUCUAUUCAUUGCUAUUUUGGCAAUUAUAAUAUGA